GAGCUGGGCGAGGCGCUGCUCCACGUGUACCGGUCCAACACCUUCCCGGCGGAGGGUCUCAGCGCAUUCCAUGAGAAGCUUACGGUCCUGGUGAUGAGCGGCGGAGGAGCUAGCCUGACGGGGACGUGGCGCCAUCAGGUGGUACCGACGGGGACGCGGCUGGUGGCGGUGCGAGUGGCCAGCCCGAGGGACGGGGACCGCGUGGCGGCGCUGCUGACGGCGUGGUCCUGCCUCUAUGCCACGACGCUGCCCAUGCUGCAGGCUCUCCUCGCUCCUUUCACUAGUCUAGACGUGAGGCGUGAUGUGCUGCAGGCCUUCAGAGACUCUGUUCUCCCGUACGCUGCGCUGCCCUCCGCCCUGGUCUCGGUUCACUCGAUCUCGCCCUCGACACGAUGGAGACUCAAGCAAAUGCUCUUGCUCCUGGCUCGCCUCGAGCCGUGUGAAUGUCGUCUGCCGAUCGAGACUCAGAGUUGCGAAGGAGGGACGAGGGAGACACAAGCAAGCCGCCGAGAAAGAGGAAACAGAGGAGACGGAGAAGAGGAAGAAAUGCGAGAAGAGAGCUCUUCAGUAACGAAGCUAAGUCAUACAACCGAGGCACUGGGGUUGCUGUUGCAAGCGGAAAUGGAGAGCAUGAAUCUCACCCGACCCGUGUUGCAAAGGCUCCUGCACUUACACCACGGCGGCGAGAGUGAUUUCUGGGCCUCGCCUGACCUCCAGCAACGCCCUUCCUCAGGAGUGCGUCUGGAAGUUCCCUCUUUGCCGCGGCCACUGCUGGUGAGGAACAUUUCGAGUGUGGACACGCUGGAGGACCUACUUCGCUCCGCUGCCUUGCGCUGACUCUGGAGGAGGAGGAGGUGGAGGUGGAGG